AUGAUGCAAAUACUGCUCGCUUUAUUGCUCUUUACAGUCCCCUACGCGACAGCGACAGCGACACAAACAGCCCCUCCGCUGAUAACAGAACCUCCCAGCCUUGCUGAUCGCGCUGUCACCUCAUUCCAUACAAUUGUCAGCACACCGUAUCCGCAGAACCGCUGGUCGAUAGGAUAUGGUAAAAUUGAAGGAGACGAUCAGUUCUAUACCGCUGCCUGUGUAGAUGGUUUAUUUGCCGUAAGCGGCAUCUGGGCAGGUUGUGGCUCUAUCAUCUUCACUCGCUGCGUCGGCGCAACGGCUUUCGCACAAAGUACGACAGUAUCCUGUAUGGGAACUUGUUUGACGCACAAGAUCUUCGAUUAUAAUGACAAGACAUCGUCAACUCGCUUUAUCGCGUGCAACUUCCCGGGUACUUACGAGGGGAGUAUGACUCUUCUCAAGACACCGAUUGGAGGUACUGCUGAAGCGACGACUGGUGAAGUUUCGACUGCGACGAAUGCUGUUGAGACGACGACGAGUUCGACAACGGAUUCCUCAGCCGGGGAAAUGAGAUCGGAUCUCAAAUUGCUCGCGAUGUGUUUCGUUCUCGUUCUUCUCACAUAG